AUGAGCAGCAGCGGCACACGCAGCAAGCAAGCGCGACUGAUGCGGCAAGCUAGCGUGCUGCACGAGCUGCAGGAGACGCAAGAGAAGGACUCGCUGGACGGCCGCUAUGCGCGUCUUAUGGCCGAGCUGGCCGCGCUCUGCAGCGACCGCAAUAACGUGAUGACGGCUGAGUCGCUGCAGUUCUUUGCCUCUAGCGGCCGCGCUGAGCCGGUUAAGCUCGAGCGUGCGCCUGAGCGCGUCGACGCCCAGCAGAAGCAGAGUAGCAGCAAACAGGACGACCUGUUGAGCGCCGAUGCCGCGCGUCGCCAGCGUGUCGAGGAACUCACGCGCUUCUUCAUGGAGGCCAAAUCAGACAUUGAGUUCGCACUGGGUGGUGGGCGAGACUUCCACGAGGCUAAAGACAAGGACAAGGAGGCGGAGAACGAGCGCGACGAGGAAGACGUUGAGGCCGAGGACGACAGCCAGGACGACGCCCAAGACCCCGAAAGGCAGCUGGCCAAACUGCAUGCUAGACUGCUCCAGGACAAGCUGGACAACAGGGUGUAUAACGUCAUGUUGGGUCCGAUUCGAGAGCAGGAUCCUGCACUGUACGGCGCCAUUCUGUGCCACCCGCUUAUUACCGGCGUGGACCCGAAGAAGGACAAAAAGAAGAAGAAAAAGCGGAAGGACAGAGAUCGCAAGGAGAGGCAGCCGUCACAGACCAACAUUGGAGCUGGCAUGCUCACGCCCGAUCUGACUGCCGAUCCUUUGUCGGAUGAAGACAUGAAGACCAACAUUAGUCGCUUCGUUGCCAAGAGUAUUGCUGACGGAUCGCUACAGGGACUGAUGCUCGCCGCGAAGCUCGUGCUGUCGUACCUGGAUCACCAGAGUAAAACAAACGAGGCGGCUCCGCCGACGUUCCGUCUGGCGUCGCAUCUGCGGGUCUUGCGAGGAGAGAAAGCGCCUGAAUAUAAGCCGAAAAAAGCCGCUGCAACAGGCAUUUCAACGACGAAAGAAGUCACGACCCCGACGAAAGCGGACCAGACCAUGGCAGACUCGAGUGCUCUUGACACUGCGGAAGGCAGUUUUGAGACGGAUUUGCAAAGCGUCGUCCUGGAGGCCGCGACCUCCGCCGAAAUGGAUUUGGACUCGGACAGUGGGUCGAUUGCCAAGCUCCGAGCUCGGUUGAGUCGAUUCGGCGACGAUGGUGAUGAUGGAGACGAUGAUGAAGACGACGACGAUGAACGUGGAGAAGGCGAAGACAGUCUUGGUGGUGAAGGCGUGGAUGAAGAUGCACUGAUGGCUCGUGCAAUUGCGUUGUCACUUUCUCCCGAAGUAAAUUUGCGGGAUCAAAACGUCUCGGACGAUGCUCCAUUGACUCCAAAGAGCGAGAGCAAGCCCGAUGGAGUGUCAGAGCAAAACGAGUCUCCCGUCGUGAAAAGUCGUCCGCCCAAGUUUUCUGCUGAGGAGUUAUUGGAACUUGGCCCGUUCACACUUCCUUGUGAUUCAAUGGUCGAUGUUGAUGGAGCUACAGUUGUGAUGGCAUUGGUAGUCCAGAUGACAAAGGUGUGCAUGGAGUAUCUGAAAUCGUGCCAGCAGGGUGUUCUCCCUAACAAAUCACCAGUCCAGCCGCACCCGCUGACAUUCAUGCUCCUGAAUUCCUUAUUGAAGGACUUGCACACUGCCGGUUCUCCUCAUUCUCGUCAGCCUGAGAACCCCAGUUUGGAUGCAAAGUGGCGAUUAUUCACUUCAUGCUCGAUGCUGUCGCUGUUUCGCGUGCUGGAAGUCAACUUUUUUCACGUUGAAGUAAUGGGGAUUGCCCCAGCUUCAGUUGGUCUAGGGCAAAUCCCCAAGCCUAAUGCAGAGCAAGAUGGCGGCAAAAGUGAAGGUGGCAAUCCGCUGUUGGAGAGUUUGAAGUCACUUGUGCUUAAUUACAUCGCCACUGACAGUCCCGUUCAAGUUGACGCAAACAAGGAUGUCAUUGGCACUAUAAUUUUUUCGAGUCCAGUGUCUUGCUCUGCGGCAGACGUACAGAAUGCUGCAGCGUAUUAUUAUGCUCGUAUCCGUGAGCAAGCAAUGGCAGCGUGGAUACGCGCUUUUGCUAUCUUUUACGACGGACAGAAAGAGAGACACAUGAUACUGGCGUCAAAGCUAGCCGAGUGCCUUAAGCUUGCUCGAUCUGGUGAGCAAAAUGUUGAGUGGAAGUUUCACCAGCUAGAUCUCCUAUGCGCUCGACUGGCGUUGCCCGAUAUGGCGCAACAAUUUGUGCCCACCUGUGUAGAUGUUAUUGAACACGACAGCAAGACCGAGCGGGACCAGAAGGAUCAGAGCGGGACUGACUGCACCAUAAAACCAAUCGAUGAUGGAGCGCUUCAAAAUGCCGCGUCAAAGACAGGGAAAAUCAAAGCAAAGUGGAGCCCCGCCGUCAUUCGUGCUUCGCUUGACUCUGGGUCUCUGACUGCACGAUGCCUUUACGACUACAUUUCUGGGCAUGGUCCUCCUGGUCUUCUGGAUACAUUAAUGGAGAGUCCCAGUGGUGGUCCAAGUGACGAUGCACUGGACGCUGGCAUUUUGGCGAACGCUUACGAUGAAAUGUGGGAUAUGGGACGCAAGCAGAAGGCGGAAGCUUUGGAAUGCAUUAAUCGCCUGCCUAGUCUUGUUGAUCUGUUGCGCGAGAGCAUUUUGUCUGCAGGGUGGCAUAGCUUCUCGUUCAAAGACAGCUACGAGUUAGUACAUGCUCCGUUGCUACCGCUACUCGAAAAAGAGGAUUCUUCGCGACCGCCAACUCUGAAUGCUCGAAUUGUACUGCUCCGAUCACUUCAAGACUUAAUGAUCCAACGGCUCGGUGGCUCCCGUGGUGAUGAGCCUCCAGCCUUGGAGUUUGAUUCUUCGAGGUGCGCUGAAACGAUGACGCUUUCGGACGGAAACCGAACUGCCAAGCAAUACACAGCAAAGCAGUGGGGAAUGGUGAUGGCUACAACUGGUUGCCCUCCUAAUACUGGUAUUCAUGAGUGGGGUGUUCGUCUUGACCGUUGCGAGAAGGGACACAUUUUCCUUGGUGUCUGCACCAGAGAUGCAUCCGUGGCAACCUAUGUUGGUGGUGACCGGCAAGGUUGGGGACUGAUUGGUACUCGAGCGCUCUGGCAUGCACGAAGCAAGGUCCGUGGCGACUACGGCGAUGGCUUCACUACAGGCAGUGUUGUGCGUGUCCGAUUAAAUACCGAUAGCGGAGCAUUGUCGUUUGGUGUUGGGGAUAGUGAUUGGGGCAUUGCAUUCGACGGCUUGACGCAGCACGGUACAUUGUAUCCUGCUAUUGGUCUAUAUCAACGAGACGAUCAAGUGACUAUUCUGCCUGUCCAACCGACAGUGGAUACAACAUAUGCGGCAUCCUCUAACGGUGAAGCAAUCGAACACAAGGGUGUGGCUAUUCCUGCUGUUCUCAAGCCGUUCUUGCAUCACGUUGGGGCCUUGAUGGAGUCAUGCUGCUCAUUUUUGUCGAGUCCUGCGCUGAAUGAUUUGAACAUUUCAGAUCAGCAAUUAACUCUUACUCCAACGCAAAAAGUCGAGCGUGCGCAUGACUACGAGGGAUUGGUAUCUUCACACCCGCUGCUGUUUACAAUGGUGACCCCGCUCAUCAGCUCUCUAAGCCUUAUCCGGAACUACCACGGUUUGUCUUCGACCCUGGCUAUGACCUUCGUGCCAUGGUGUAUUCGCACUAUGCAAAGCAUUGAGCGUGUAAACCAAGCUCUUCGAGCGCUGGCUACAUCCGAUGACAACGUUUCUCCUGGUAAUCUUGUGCUCAGCGUAGCUGGGGAAUGGGAAUUAAAGAGUAUGGCUGCUGGCAAUAUUCCGGCACAGCAAUACCAUCUCACGCUUUCUCAAGGCAAAGAUGGAUCGAUGCACGGGCGCAGCAGUGGCUCGUUUACUACGGUGACAUUGAACGGUAUCGCUCGAGGAACUAGGGUUUCUUUCGUGGAAACGUGGCGGCAAGGAGGCACUUGCUUGGUCGAGGGGCGUCUGCGUGCUGACGGCACCGUAUUCACAGGCAGUUACGAAGACACCAAGAGCCAUACAAGUGGUUGUAUUGUGGGAAACAAAAUCUCGCGAGACUCCAAGGAUACAGACGAACGUCAGUUGGUGAGUAAUCAGCUCGUCAUCCUGGAAAUGGUGAUUGCGAACUUGCUGGGUUAUUUUGGCCAUGCAUUGACCAGUUUGAAGGAUGAUGACGUGCUUAUCGACAACGUGGCUACGAGCGUUCUCAGCAUGAAUGAAGCUGUCAAGGGGGACGAUGGCGAAAGCGAUGACGGUGAUAUGUCCAAACUGUCAUCUUCAGAGUGCUCACUUGAUGAUUACGACGAAUGGGUGAGUAGUAGUCUGCUUGAGGGUGGGUUGCCUCUCAACAACGUACAAACACACUUGAAGAGUGUGCUUGAUCGAUGUUCGGAGAUUACUGGUAUCGGAUCUGCCGCUGGUUCACUUCCUGUUCUCACGGAAGCUACAAAAUCCUGGAUGCAAUUUGUGCUGCCGAAGACACUCUCGACCCCUCUUCCUAGUGCUGACAGUACGCCUGUUGCCGGGACUCAUGUGAGCAGUCCUUUCUUAAAGGAUUUGAUUGAAAACUGUGGCGAAGCAGCAGCGCUAGAUCAGUGGGUAUCGAAGCACGUUGGCGAGUCGCCGUUGAUGCGACUUGGAGGAGAGCCCAUGAAGGCCACUCGACGUACCGUUUGUGCUGCCAUGAUAUGGCAUAGCGGUUUCUUGAACUUCAUCAAGAAGCAAAUUGACAAUUCGCAGAGUAACUUCACAGAAAGCGAUGUUCGACCACAUGACAAUUUGAUGCACAUCUGGCGAGCUGCUCAGAGGGUCAUCGAGUGGGCUAUCCGGACGAAGAAUUCGAUGGGAUCGUCGUACGCAGUUGUGGCUGGAUUGGUGAUUCGGAAAGCUCAGUUUUUACUCGAGAUUGAACCUAGCGCAAAAGCUUUGGCGGCUGCUGAGGCUGUAUUUGCGUUGACGACUGUGGAUAGUGGUGCGCAAAGGAUAGCGUCCAAGUCAGCAGUGUACGAAUGCGCUGAGCGCAUUUAUAGUGAUGUACUGGUACAGGUUACACGCUUUGUGGAAGCUCCUAUUCGUGUAUCAACGCUUCAGUCAAGGAUGCUAGGAAAUUGCACCGCAGCAUUCCUGCGAACAAUCGGCAUGUUAUCCUUCAGAAACUUCGUGGGUGACUCGGGUACCAACCAUCGCGGAGUUCUAACUGCGGAGCGUUACGAAGUCAUCCAGUCUUCGUUCGCGUUAUCAAGUGCAUUGCAAUGGCUGUCCCCAUCUCUAGCAGACUUUAAAGCCAAUGGUGGUCGUGGUGGGUCUCUGGGCAAGGACUUCGGAGAUUUCGGUGCUAGUGUAGUCCCAGCUCCAUCGGCCUCAACUCAAGCCAAUACGACGGAGUCUACUUACUACCUGAGCGGACUUGGUGGCUGCGGGAAGCAUUUGAAGAAUGACCUGCGUGACUCCUUUGAAUCGUUGUAUGGAUACCUGAGCGCGUCGUUGUCCAAAGCUACUUGGGCCCAUGACGCUGACCUGCAGCUGGUUAUUUUGCUAGCUUGGGGAAUCAUUAUUCAGCCGGACGACCACUCAUUUUUGUCACGGGUUGGCAUUUUCAGAGUGUUGCAAACUGUGUUGGACGAGGCACGUGGGUCUAGCGAUAUGACCUUAACAGAAACCUCAGUUGGCACUUCGCGUAAUUCCCCUGAUGACACGGCUUUGGUUGCGGAGAACAAGAAGAAGAUUGUCCAAGCUGCGUUGAAAGUGGUGCAUUUGCUAGCUGCGCAAGUUGCUCACGCCAGUGAUACUGCAGAUGGGCUCCUAAAUGCGUCCGAUCUCCCGUCGACUCCGGGUCUCAGCUUGGGUUCUAUUCCACUGUUGCGCAAGCCGUCAGGCCCCGAAACACUCGGCAAGUCUGUGUUCCACAUGCUGUACACAGAGCUGAAGAACUCCUUGGACGAGAUGCGGCAGAAUCGGGGAAACAUAAUUGUUGAUGCCCCGUUGACAGCAUUUGUGACAGACCCGACGCAAUCCGGCGACCCGAGCACGUCUGGAUCAGAAGCAGAUUUUGGAGAAGGCAUGGAUGAUGCUCAAGAGUAUUGCUACCAGAUCUGUUCACUGCUGUACUCGGUGAGCGGCUCGCCUGUUUGCAGGUCGCACCUUUCAUCGUCUCGGUGGCUUCGACUGCUGCUUGCCCUUGUCGAUGUGAACUCACCCCAGAUACAACGACGGAUCUUAAAACUGCUCCGUCGCCUUCUGCCGUCGCUCGACCCAUCCUCUAUUAGAGUUCGCUACGACGAGGUCGAAAGUUUCGACAUGGACAGUGACGAGGAGUUUGAUGCUGACGGACAGGAUGAGCCGGACCAUGCAUCUACACUGAUCAACUUCUUUGUGGGAAUUGUGGGAAUGAAUAACCCUCCCAGUGUUGCUAACGUAAUGCUGCGUCGACUUGCAGAUUCUAAUGCUCCUAAUCGUGCUGAAAUCCCCGGUCAGGCAGUGACUUCUGGUUUCAACGGCGGGGAACUCGCUACUGAAGUUGUACUGCUUUUGCGUUCGUUGUACGAGUCAGAAAAGUGGGCAGAGUACUUGAAUCACGCGAUUUCCGAUGCACUCGCCUCGAUUCCGCUUGUGUGCGUCACAGAACAAGAAGGAGGUGCAGCAGAAACCGCCGAUUCUGAUGUGGAAAUGGAAGACAUGUCCAAGGAGACACCGUCGCUCGGAAGCUGGACGACGCAAACUACGAAUUACGUACGAGCCUUGUCUGCGCUCUGCAUUCUCGAUGGCCAAAUCGAAGGCAUUCACGUCGGUGGUACAGUCAAAAUUAUGCCUCGAUCUGGCUCAUCUUUACAGGAAAUCGCUUUUCGAGGUGCUCGAGGUGUGGUUGUUACCUACGAGGCAGAGAAAUCUGCAGCUGAAGUAUUACUGCGUGGGAACCGUGCAGAUGACACCAACAGUCAACAACAGUCUCUGCUCCCAACUCGUUCCAUUCCGUCACGCCCUGUUCGUGUGCCGAUUGACGAUUUGUUUGCCGUCCCGGAGGUUGAGUUGCCGAACAAUGCGUUUUCAGACGAGGUCUUGCAGUCCCUACUUGUUACACGCUUCCCAUACUUUUUGGCAGAAGUCAAGAAAAGCCUUAUGGACGUGAAUAUCAUCGACACUCUCAACGGAGCUGACGAGGCCAGUGGUAACGAUGGGGAAAGUGAAGACGACGAUGAUAUGUCCAAUGAUGGUUCUUCGUCACCAUCAGCGAUGGACAGCGAAAUGCCCAGUGGCGCUGGUGCGGAUGAAUCCGGUUCGGAAGCCAAUGGAUCGCCUCGUCGCCAGAAAAGUGGAGUUGAAUCCGCGUCACCCACAGAGCCUACUGAUGUUCUGGCGGAAAUGGAGAAGGAGUCACGACUUCAUCGAAUGCUGCUUUGUCAGCAUGGCCUUCGUGCCUCUGCUACAUUGCUAAAGAACGACUAUUGCGCUGUGACAUUCAUCCGUGGUGUUGGUCCGAGUGGCCUUAAAGACUUACUAACGGUUGCCAUUUCGGAGACGCCUACGACGGCAGGGGUUGGAGAUAUCUCAUCGCUGGAGGAAAGCUGGCUAAUGCUGUGGUCCCGUUGGUACGCUAUUAGAAGUGCACACGCGGCACCAUCGCCCCCGGCUGACGCUAAUGAAGGAAAGAACAAGACAAACGAUGCAGUUGAGACUAACAACUCCCCGGGUCCGAUGGUUCAGCAGAUGAUGGAGAUGGGAUUUCCGAAGGAGUGGUGUGACGUUGCUUUGGCUCGCUGUUCUCAGAAUGUUGAAGCAGCAAUCAAUUUCUGUUUCGAGCACAGCAGCGACAUGGAGCGUCUUGUUGCGGAGUAUAGGUCAAGUCGAUCUGGUGGAGAUGGCAGCUCGAAAUCUUCGCGAAAGGAUGAGUUCGAAGUUAUCAGUCCGUUACUGGAGCAGUUGUCUGAGAUGGGAUUCCCUUUCAACUGGUGCAAAAAGGCAUUAGCCGCAAACAGGAACAACGUGGACGCGGCUUUGACGUGGAUCUUAUCGAAUGGCGAAGCCUUGGAAGCAGAAGAUCGGCGAGAUGAGGAAGCCAAGCUACGGACUGCAGGCGGGGAUGGAGCUGACGCAAAUGCUCCAACUACUAUCAUUCCAGAAGGCGAAGAUAGUGUGCUCAUGCCAAACCCACUUCGAGCUGUGAGUGGCCAAGCCUGCAUCGGAGAGCACGACUUAAUGGUGGAAGGCCUCGUUGGUGGCGGCUUCGCUAGCGUUGGCGCACCAGAUUGCCUCGUCUCCAGCGGCCGAUGGUACUAUGAAGCUAUCCUUCACACUAACGGUUGUAUUCAAAUUGGCUGGGCUGAUGUAGCAUUUUGCGGUGCGGCUGAUCGCGGGGAUGGAGUUGGAGAUGGUGCGCACUCAUGGGCAUACGACGGAUGGAGACAACAGCGAUGGCAUGGCCGUUCGUCACCAUGGGGCUCGAAAUGGAAACAGGGUGAUGUCGUCGGUUGUGGUAUCGACGCAGACGCUGGUACCAUCAUUUUUAGUCUGAAUGGAAAGAUGCGAUCGGCUAACAUGGGAGUCGCUUUCCGGGCUAUUGACUUUGCCCGUGGUGUGUACCCAUGUGCGAGUUUUAACCGGAGAGAGCGCUUGCAGUUCAAUCUAGGUGGAACGCCGUUCAAAUACCCUCCCCCGCCAGGUUUCCAGCCAAUUCUGAACGUCCUGAGUGACUCCAACGACCUUAGCUUAGUGCCCAAGGGCUUUGAAGUGAUUGGAUCCCGAGAAGACUGCCUGGAAGAGAGCGUGGGUGAAGAGAAUUACUCUAGUGAUACCAGAUACUUCGCCCGAGACAUGCAUCCAUCAAUGCUUCGCAGCUCAGGCCACAGCCGCAGUAGUGGUUUUACUUCCGGCUCCGGCAUGACAAAGGCGGACGCCUUGGCUGAGAUCAAGGCACUUCCCGAUAAUCGCGUGUAUGUGGAACUGCUGGUGGUCACACGCUCGCUUGCAAUUUUGCAAGCACGGCGAGCUUUGUUGACAUUGCUAGCCAAAUGGCCUACAUCAGUGGUGGGCCCGUUCUCCGUUGCAAAGUGCUUAUCUGGUGGAGUCUCACUAAAUGCUGCCACUGAGAGGGAGGAUUCGGCAAGGUUCAUCGACUUCGUUAAACUCAUCGCGAGUUUAAGUGCUCUCCACGUGUCGAAUGCACUACCGAGCACGUCGCUGACGCUUCCUGACGGUGAUGCACUUCAUCUCCUCGAUUGUGGAGCCACCGGCCGUUUCGCGCUAGGCUUACUCUCUGGAGUUGUGCAGUCGGCGCUGAAUAAUGCUCUAUCGACAGUUACGUCUGGGGCGGAUGGCCACAACCCGCUCGUGGAUACGAUUCUGUCUUGUAUUUUUUCGGAGGUUAAGCGAGCGUCUCAACGCCAGUACGCUCGCAUCCCAUGGAAUUCGUCGGAGGCUGCUAUUACUGCUACGCUCCUGCAGGUCACAGCUGAAGCAGGGCAAACGUGGUCUGACAAGGAAGUGCUGAAUCAUCCCAACCUCUUCCUGGCUGAGUGGAUUAGUGGCUUGCUGCUGGAGUCGUUGGAGAAACACAAGGGACGGCUCUCGUCGCCUGUUCAUGAUCAAAUUCGACAGCAAUUGCUGCAAGCUUGGACGUCGUCGCUGAAAUCCCCUAGCAUGUGCGUCAAAGAGCGAGGUGCAACCAUUCUUGCCGGAAUUCUUCAAGAUAUCCUACCGAAGACUGGGGGAAUCUCAGAUGCAAGGGACAUCGCGGCCAUUGACGAUGAAACCAAGAUACGCUUGAAAUCAGCCUUGGAUGUGCUUCCGCUACAGCGCCUUGUUGAUCUUUCACAAGAACGAAUCCUUCGCGAGUAUCCAAACGUUCCCGUGUGCUCCAAGUAUGUUCAAAGUAUCGUGGAACUUGUUUCUGCUGCUGGUUUGGUGAUGAGUGCUGUGGGUCAGUCGACCGACAAACUGUUUGAAAGCAGCACGUCCCUGCAGUUGCAGGCUUGCAAGCAAAUCGAGGUUGACCUCGAGCCGAUUGAUCAGAAGGAAUACGAGGAAGUCAUGGCCGCAAAGAAGCUUUUGGAGGCGAAGCAGGCGCAACAGGCUGCUGAGGAAGCCUUGAAACAAGAGAAACUUGCUGCAGAGCGAGCAGCAGCUGUGGAAGCUGGAGCUGAUAGAGAUUCGUCGUCAAGUCUAGGCGAAGCGAGUCCAACGAUCAUCAACGGCGAUGGUGCCAACCAAGAUGCACAGGAUGACAUCGGUUCUGCAAGGAAUAGUGGGGUUACCAACAUGGAGGUUGACAAUAGUGACUCCGAGGAGGCUCCCGACAUCACGCUGUCUGCAAUUGCGAACAUGGUAACGGAAGAUAGUGAUGUGAUGACAGCUACGGCUGCUAUUGCUGGAUCUGGUGACCGCCUAGAGAUCAAGGGACCAGGACGGAAAACUAAACUCCCUAUGCCAGAGCUGCUUCAGGAGAAUGCGGAUACCACGUUCGAGUUCCACCUACCAGAGGAAGAUCCUGUCUUCGAUACGUCUAUGCUGGACGCACAGGAGAUCGAUGUGUUGGAAGCUGCAAAACGUGGCAUUAUGGGAGAGGAACAGAGAGGCUGGAAGCAUGGCAAUGGCGUAGGAGUGCUUGCUGAUGCUCACACGCAGCUAUGGAGUGGCACGCUGACCCAGUUCAGGCUACGUCAAAAGCAAGAGGAGACCAACCAUACGGAGCUGAAGGUCGGAUGCAAAGUGAUUCGUGGACCGAACUGGAAGUGGCGUGACCAAGACGGAGGCGAAGGCAGUGUGGGUGUUGUUGAAGGGGUGUCACCCUGGAGUGGCGUGGACGGAGAAGGGAUGUCCGUGCGAUGGCCAAACGAUUCCUUAUACACGUACCGCUGGGGUGCAGACGGUAAUUUCGACUUAAUUCACGUGGAAGUGGAUGAGGACGGGAACAUCACACACCAGUAUCCUACUCCGAAAGCCAGGCAGGAAGACGAGGGAUCGUUUGGAUCCGAACUGCAUCUCGGUGUAUUACUCUAUCUCUUUGUUGACGAGAACGAUUCGAGUGCUACAAACGCUGAAGCGGUGAAGGUUGCUGGCGUGAUGGAGUGGCCUGACUACGGUGCUGCUGUUCGCGUUGUUGGUAUGAGAUAUCCUGACGGCUCUCUCUGUGUUCAAGAAUUGCAGUUAACCCGCGGUAAUCCCGACAUGGGCUGGAUGCUUCGCUUUGGAACUGAGAAAUGGCAACCGGGGACGAAGUAUAUGCUUCGCCCGUUUACGACACAAGACCCGGCAGAUGGAACAUCAGCUGAUGAUGCUUCGAAGGUCGAUACGCUCCGUGGUGAGUACUCACAUAGUGGCGUGAAAGAAGGAGAACUUGUAGAAAUCCGUGGUGAGCUUCAAGUAUCGACGAAAUAUCUAUUCACGAUGGACCACCACAAUCACUUCUCAACGCUUGGCAUAUCGUCGGAUGGACUGUCCGUCACGUGCCACAGUGGCGAAUCGCGGAACCUUGCGCUAGGAACGGUGGGUUUUACUACUGGAGUUCACUACUGGGAGGUUCACGUAGAGCAAGCGGAGUUUGGCAGCGUGUUUAUUGGCGUGUGCGAGAAGGCUGGACCACCCGGAUCGCAGGCUGCGCUGUCUAGUCGCCUGAAUAGGUGGCACGGAUGGGGCUUCGUUAACUUCCGUGCAACGUAUCACAACAGUACGGAGCGGAUCUACGGCGACCACUUCAACGCAAGCGACACCAUCGGCGUUCGACUCGACAUGGAACAAGGCAAGCUGUCGUUCUUCAUGGACGGAAUUAAGUUUGGCGAGCACAUCGUGUCAGACUUGGGUGUCGCGUUUGAGAACAUCAAGGGCGAGCGCAACUCGCGAACGUUAUAUCCAUGCAUCGGUAUGCGCAAGGGCGGUGAUCGUGUCACGCUUAAUCAGAAGUGGGUGUCAAUGCCUGGCGUGUCUCCGCGCCAGAUCCUAUCGGACGCUGUAGAUGUCAGCAAGUCAUUGCACUCGUGGUAUGUUUCGAUUCAAAAGGGCAAAGCUGCUACCACUGCUGGGUCACCUACUGACGGGGCUGAGGUGAUGAUACCUGCAACGCCAUCGACAGUAGACACUCGGGUGAAGCUACCGGAAAAACUACUGCGUGAGAGUUGGUCCGAGUGGAAGCGAUGGAGUGACAAUCACUGGCAACGGUGUCAUGUGCGCCCGCGCGGGAUUUCUGUGGACUUCGACACGUCGCAUGCUGCUUGCAUCCGUGUCAGCAACGCUGCGGGCCUGGGUGCUCCGUUCUUGGCUGGUGAUCGUGUUCGCAUGUGCUCAAAGUGCGGACAGGAGUUGAAUCAGCCCGAAGAGGCUAUAAUCCUAGGUGUGUAUCGUGGAUUCCUGUGGUACCGCACUGAAACUCAAGGAAAUGAAGGCGCAGACGAAGGACGUGCUUCGGCCUGGUAUUGGUCUCCAAGUGAGCUGCCAGAGCUGCUUCUGAUUCGUCGUGGAGGGAAGGAUAUGACUCUGAUUGAGAACAGCGCGAUGGAUAUGUCGGACUACGAAGAUGCGCCUGAGCACAGUCCGUUUAAGCCUCGUUCGGCAUUGGAAGAGCGUGCGAACACUGACUUUGAUGCGUUCGUUGAGCUAGCCACGCGAGCUCAUACGACCACAUCCGACAUCCAGUUGGUGGAAAGACUGAACGCGUAUUGUGCAGCAAUCGGGUUGGAUGUGACGAACCUCAAAAUUACGGACGUAGUGACUCCAGCAGAGAUGGGAGAAAAUGAGAGCAGCGCAGCUGCGGUACGUGGACGCUCGCGGACGCGCUCGCUGGUUACGGACAACUAUUUCACGUCGCCAGCACUGAAGAAUAUCAGUGGCCCUGAGUUGCGCGCACGCACAGCCGUUCUACGCAUUCUGAACAGCAAAAUCCUUCGUGUGCUUCCUAUCAUUGCGAUCCAGCCUGACGAUGGAAGCAGCACUCAGCCAAUUGAAGUUGCAGACAGCACAGGUACUACUAUCAAGAGCUCAACUGAAUUCUUAUCGACGAGCUUAAAGUUGCGCUCUCUGCGACGGUUAGUCUUCACAAGCACGAAGCGUGCCUUCUGGGACGACGUUCUACGUGCAACGACCACCAGUACACCGCUUCCGUCGGACGAGUAUGAGGACCCACGAGAGAUCCGCGUUAUCCGUAUCAACCGUAUUCAGGCCCAAGCGUCAAAGCUGAGUACGCUCUCGCAACCUGGCGAACGCUUGCGUCGUUCGGUGUUCGGUCAGCUCUAUCGGGAGAUGCGCGCGUGGAGCGACAGCUUCUUCCGUCGCGCCUAUUGCGGCAAGGGCCACGGCGGUCAGCGUCGUGCAUUCAAGGUCAAAUUCCUGGGCGAAGGUGUGAACGACUACGGUGGACCAUAUCGUGCGGUCUUCGAGCAAAUUGUGGAUGAGCUACAGAUGGAUAAUGUGGAGUUAGCUAAGGGAGAACAAGGUCUGCUGCCAUUGCUGAUCCCGUGCCCGAAUCGACGCAGCGCUACUGGUAUCAACCAGGACAAGUUCUUGCUGAACCCGUCGUGUGGAACCGCGUUACUGGCGAACGGGCCCAUGGCGCUGGAUCUGCAUCGCUUCUUGGGAAAACUGGUUGGCACAGCAGUGCGCCAUGGUCUGCAAAUGGGACUGGACUUGCCUUCGCUUGUGUGGCGGCCAUUGGCAGGGCUAGAAGUCAGUCGCGCACAUCUUGAGAGCGUCGACGUAGCGGCGGCUAAUAACUUGACCUGCGUUGAGGAACUUAGCACUGAUACGGAGGCAGCAGCUCAAGAGGCUGAAGAAGUGCUCGGUUACUUGACACUCUCGACAACGUUGAGUGACGGUGUUGAGGUUCCAUUGAUUCCGCAGGGUGAAAAGAUGCCAGUGACGUUGGAAAACCGCGAGCUGUAUGUGCAGCUCGUAGAGAAGACUCGACUUACAGAGAGCAGCCAACAACUUGCGGCACUCAAGGACGGCCUGGCGUCUGUGCUUCCCAUGGAGUUGGCGCCGCUAUUUACGCCGCGUGAACUUGAGGUGUUGAUCUGUGGACGUCGCGAAGUGGACGUGGACCUGCUGCAUCAAUGCACAGAGUACAGCGAGGGAGCUGACGAGGCGAUGCCGCACGUGCAGCACUUCUGGGAGGUACUGCGUGAGAUGACAAGUGAGGAGAGGACGUCCUUCUUGCGCUUCGUAUGGGCUCGCAGCCGCAUGCCCAACAGUGCCAAGGAUUUCCCUAUGAACUUCAAGCUGCAGACUGCGCAAGACCCAGGAGCUUCAAGUCAGCCGGACGUGUAUCUACCUCACGCUCAGACAUGUUUCUUCGCUCUGCGGCUGCCAGCCUACACUAGCAAGGAGGUGCUGCGUACGAAGCUGCUUUAUGCCAUUCAGAACUCGCCCAACAUGGACGCCGACGUGAGGCUGCACAACGCUGAAGGUUGGGCGGACGCCUAA